AUCGGUAACAUCACGUGGAAAACAAGAUGUAGAGGCUUUUCUAAAUGUGGGGAUGGAGUAUGGGAACUGGUAAUGAAAGUUAGUAAUGGAAAGAAUCUUUCCUACUAUGACUCACCUCUCUGGACCACUCAAGCUCGAUAUGGAUCAGUAGAGGAGGUAGGUGACCUAAAACUUCCUGGAUAUUGGCUCAGAAAUUUCACCAGAAUAUGUGUCACUAUGACCUUCGGGGCAAACGCCUCAACCAAAUAUACAACUACGGUGGUAAACUACACUGCGCAGUCUCUUUACUCUGUAAUGAAUGAGAGUUUUACGAAGACAUGGCCAGUGAGUGCGUCCACCAUCACGACUCCACCAGGUAUCAACAAAAAUUGUUUGGUAAGAGGCCUCAACAUGCAAAGGUCCUCCCCAUGGGUGAUCAAGACACGUAUUGGAAUUCAGUCCAUUAAGCGACCUUCUACGUGCCCAGAAUUGCCAUAUUUGGUGCGUGGUGUUGGUAUCGGCUUGAGUAAACGACCUAAAACGAGUUGUGGUGAUAUCAUCAUUAGUAGUAACAAUAAUUCACCACCACGAUAUUCUACACAAAUUUUUCCAGCUAUUUGCAAAAUCUACAUUCAGUAA